UGCGAAUUACAGAGCUUCGUACAGUAUUUGGGUNGUUGUCGUUUUUGGACGACGUACCACCGCAACCGCGUCCACUGAGACCGAACGACGACAAUUACCAGGUCAGAUACGAACAAAGUAGCAAUUCGAAUCUGGAUAUGCUUCGAUUUGCUUCGAUCGCUUUACAUUUCCCAUCAAGAUUUCUAACGAUGACACUUCCUGUUCGCCCUCUAUGCAACAUACUAUACUAUUGAUCUAUCGAUCAAACAAAUGUUCCACUCGAUAUGCAAAACAGGCUUUCAGUGGAACAAAGUGGAAGCCCGAGGUAUUGGUCCGAGCAGCAUCCUCUCCAUUGCAUCCAGCUCUAUUUGCCCUUAUGAACCGGGAUGAUGAGAGCACCCCAUACCCACGCUUUGGUCACUGUGCAAACUGCACAAACCGAACGCCCCAAAUGAACCGGUGCGGCCGCUGCAAACUUGUGAGGUACUGCUCGAGGGCUUGCCAGUCCGCGCACUGGAAGAAGGUGCACAAGACGAGCUGUGUAAAGGCCCAGCCGUUCUCGUUAUACAAAAGCAUGAACGGGAACGAUGGAUUCCACGUGUCAUCGGACGAAUGCAGGUGGCUCCAGGCGGCGUUGUCACGGGAUCCAAACACUAGUAGCGACAACGUGCUUCAAUGCUUUCGGGCAUACUUUGGUGUCGCAGGGGACCUCGGGGGCUGCUUCGUGUUGUAGAGGGAUAUAGUACAACUAGUGGUGUCUUGGGUUCUAUGACAGCUGCUACAGCUAGUAGUAGGAUCUAUUAACGUCAUCAUUCUUAAGUUCUUUUGCCCCCCGUCACAUCGUCCCUUUUCUGCUCCUUCAAUUUCGCGAAACCGCUUGAGUAUUUGUACUACCACCAGUUCCACUAUUCCAAAAAGGCUUACAGCUAUUGCCGAUGGGCAAACCUCUUGGUAUCUGGUAGGAAAUGGUGCUUCGAGUACAAAUACCAAAUACCAUAAGGUACUACCGUACGUAUGUACAGUUUCAUACUACCAAAAGAUACGAUACUAAUCGAAUUUUUGUUCACAGCAUUUAUGAAUGCGAUUACCUGGUACUCGUACUUUUCCCGUUAACACCGACCAGUUUUUUCGCAAGUUUCGAUGGAUGCGUGCGAAUUACAGAGCUUCGUACAGUAUUUGGGUAGGAAACCUGUUACRAAGUACCGUACGGYACGGUAGUUGAUUAAAAAAAUCAACACCAGCAACGCAUUAUUACGGCUUCCGUCUCUUCUCUGUGUUCUGUUCCGAUUCAGGGUGAUACGUGGGGUGACUAWUAGUUUUUCUAGCAUCUAAACUGUGGUGUACUUAGCACGAUACGAUGACCGAGCCAAAGAAAGAUGCACCGCCCGCUGCUCCAGAGGCUGGCACGGAUGUAAGUAUUGCUGCGGUGUUGGCGUGCGCUGGACCAGRUGAAGUAUUCGUGCAGUGUUGAAGACUGGUAGUUGGUGAUGAAAAMAGUCAGAGGUUUUGCAAACAAUCCUAAUGGAAACAUAACGGGGGACAAUGGGCGAGGCAACAGCGUCAUGCCGCGCGCAUCAGAAAAGCCGUUGACGACUCACGCGUUCCGCUUUUGAUCCUUUCAUUGGCCGCACAAUGUUUUGGCUUCCGGAUCGGCUCGGAUUCACGGUGGUUGCAGGACCAAACGGGAGGGAAGAARCGAUCCCCAUCGGAUUUUCUUAAGAGCGUUCUGGGGCGGCCAGCGAUAGUGAAGCUCAAUUCGGGGAUUGAAUACAGAGGGGUUUUGGCGUGUCUCGAUGGCUACCUAAACAUUGCGAUGGAACAAACGCAGGAGUACGGACUGGACGGACAGCUCAAGGCGACGUACGGCGACUGCUUCAUUCGGGGAAACAACGUUUUGCACAUUUCGUCGCAGGCCAAGCGAAAACAAGGUCUCUAAACAAUCAAAUAAUCAAAGACCAGACUAAAUAUUAAUUUUSUAU